CAGGCCGGAUGAAUAAAUACAACUUUGGGAAUCCCCUACCUCCUCACAUUUAUAGUGGGUGGAAGGGUGUGCGCGGCAGGGGUGUGCGGUUUGCUUAGGGUUCAGCCCAACUGCUUUGAAAGGAGUUUACCACCUGUUGAUAUGAAAUACUUUGUGACGACGCCUAUAUUUUACGUGAAUGCAGCACCGCACCUAGGCCAUGUGUACUCGGCGGUGCUGGCGGACGCGGCCGCCCGGUACGCGGCGCUGCGGCGCGGCCGGGGCGCGCUGCUCAGCACCGGCACGGACGAGCAUGGCCAGAAGGUGCGCCAGGCGGCGGCCGCCGCCGGCCUGCCACCAGCCACCCUCUGCCAGCGCGUGUCGCUGCAGUUCCGGCGCGCCUUCGAGGCGGCCGACGUGCAGUACGCGCGCUACGUGCGCACCACGGACCCGGACCACGCGCACGCCGUCCAGCACUUCUGGAGGCUUCUGGAUUCAAGAGGGUAUAUCCAGAAGGGCAGCUACACUGGCUGGUACAGUGUUCCUGAUGAGUCGUUUCUUACGCCUUCUCAGGUGACAGAAGAGGUGCGGGAUGGCAAGAAGGUGGCCAUAUCAUCAGAAUCAGGUCACGUGGUCACGUGGGCAGAGGAGGAGAACUACGUCUUCCCCAUGUCCCGUAUGCGAGACGACCUUCGACACUGGGUGAGAAACCAUCUGGACGUGCGUCCUGCCAAGUUCGGCCGUCUGUUGGAGAGCUGGCUGGAGGCCGACCUGCCCGACCUGUCCGUCUCCAGGCCGGUCAGCCGACUCGACUGGGGCGUGCCAGUGCCAGGAGAUGACCAGCAGGUGGUGUAUGUGUGGUUGGACGCCCUGGUCAAUUACCUGACCGCCAGCGGGUACCCCGGACAGCUGGAGCGCUGGCCCCCGGACUGUCAAGUGAUCGGCAAGGACAUUCUCAAGUUCCACGGCGUGUACUGGCCGGCGCUGCUGCUGGCGGCGGGCCUGGCGCCGCCGCGCCUCCUGCUCUGUCACAGCCACUGGACCGUCGACGGCGUCAAGAUGUCCAAGUCCCUCGGCAACGUCGUGUCGGCGGACGAGGCGCUGCGCACCUACACGGCCGAUGGGCUGCGCUACUUCCUGCUGCGCGAGGGCGUGCCACACUCCGACGGCAACUUCAGCCGUAAGAAGGCCGCCAACCUGCUGAACGCCGAGCUGGCCGACACGCUGGGCAACCUGCUGGGCCGCUGCGCGGCGGCGGCCGUCAACCUACCGGCAGCGGUCGGCGAGGCGUACGACGAGUUCUGCUUCUACCGCGGCCUGGAGGCGGUGCAGGCCGCGCUGCGGAGCGCCAAUCAGCACCAGCUGUGCCAGCGGUUUCCGGUGCGACGCGUCAUCGUGGCACUCGGACAAAUCAAGCAGCUCUAA